UUCCCGGCCGCCAUUUCUGACCUUGAUGGUGCACGAUACGAGUUCAGUGACCAAAAUGGAUAAUUUAGAAGAAGUUUUGGAUGCUUUAAACGAUUUUGAUAAAAAGCUACCAAAAGAAAUUCCUCCAUUGUUGAACGAAUAUUUGUGUCGUGUGGCGAAGACGGGAGAGACUCUUUUCCCCUGGGCUCGCUUGAAAUCAUUUUUCCGAGCCAAAUUGGAUGAUGUCAUGAUCAGAUAUAACGAAGAUCUACCAUCAGAUCAUCUGGUUAACAGUCCGAAUGUAGAGAAUGCUAAAUUUGAUGAAAUGAGAGCUAGAAUAUUAGUUGCAUUAGAAAGAUUUCAUGGGGCACCAUUUACAAUACAAAGAUUGUGUGAACUUAUUACAGAACCAAAAAGACACUAUAAACGUACUGAUAAAUUUCUUAGAGGAAUUGAAAAGAAUGUAUUAGUUGUCAGUACUGUAGAUCCAUUUGGCAGGAAAAUUGUAUCAGAAAGCCCUAAAAAUCUUGUUAAUGGCUUAGAUUCAAAUGGAGAAGAGCUUAUAAAGACAGAAGAGUCUACUGUAGUGAACCCUCCUGUAGUCAAUUGGCCAACGGAUGAUAUUGCUACGACCUGGCCAACCCAGUCUACAGAUAACGGCCAUAUUGAGUCCGUGGUAACACACAAUGGGGAGGGAGAUAAUGGAACAAAUGAAACUAUAUCGGACGACGUUCCUACGCAGUCAACGGACACUUCAAGUUUUGUAAAAUCACAUCCGGAAGGCGAUACCUCACAAUCAUCGGACUCAUCAUCAGGGGAAAUAAUUCCAACCACCUCAUUAGACAACUCAAAAUUAGAGGAACACAACUCAUCGAACCCAAACAUUGACUUGGAUCAAUCGGAAAAUAGUGGAGCAGCAGAUCAUGUGACUAGUGAAAGUACAGACGCAAGUUGUGUUCAAUCACCGUCUUCUCCGGAGAAAUGUGUGGAAAUCACAGCCAGUGAUAUUGAUGUUGUGGUGGAAGCGAGUAAUGACAUCUCCAAUAACAAUAUCUGUCAGGAAACAAUAGAAUUAACAACAGUUACACUACCAGCGGACUCGGCCAAUGAAGUGGAAGAAUCUGUAACAACAACUGCCAAUGAAAACAUCCCGUCCAAACCAGAGACAGAACCAGCACAAGAACCAAAGGAAAUAAACGAUGGCGCUGUCACCUCGUCUGAAUCCAGAACUAUUGAAUCAAAGUCAGUAGUUGACUCAGGAUUGAGUGAGGAAUCAAAAACAGACGAUUCAGCAGUGUCACAGUCAAAUAGCGCAAUACUUUCAGACAAUUCCACCAAAAAUUCUACAAGUAGCGUAGGGGAUAAUGUGACUUCAUCGGACAGCAGUGCGAAAACGGACAUUUUAAUUAAUGCGGAACCAGAGCUAGACUCUAAUGUAGUAAGCUCGGAACAAACUGUGAUCACGGAAACAGAAAAUAUUCUGGAGACAGACUCCAGUUCGGAUAUGGAAGCAGCACAUAGUCAUGAAUCAGAACAAUCGGAGCAAUCGGAUCAGGUCUCAAGAUCAGAAGAACCAAUGGAACAGGACUAAUGAAAAUCACCCUUUAGCAAUUGGUGCAAAAUUUACUAUCGAUCAGUGCUUUGAAAAAUAAACAAUCGGUCAAGCAGCACUUGUUUUAAUGGCAACAAACAAAACAUUUACAAAUGGAUAUAUUCAUUCAUGGUUAUUUUAGAUAUAUGUAAAUAUAGAUUUAUCAUGAAAUCAGUUGAAUUAUCAGGACAAUAAUUAAAUUAUUUGUAAAUUUAUAUUGUGACCCAUUUUCAUCUCGUCAUCAUCCCGUAAACAAGAAGUUUGUUAUUAGGCCAGGCCAAUUUAAUUUUUAGUUCUUUCAGGUUUGGGAGGUUGGAUAGCAGAAUGGUUAGCACGUGCGCGUUGUAUCAUAAGGUCUGUCAUUGAGUUAACCGGCGUGAUUUCGAUUCCCCGAUUGUACGUGACAAGGAGUAGGGUUGCCUGUCCAACCUCAUGGACUUUCUCCAGUAUUUCCAAAGAACAAAUUCAAAUUGGUGUGGCCUUAUAUGAUUAUUACUACAUGUAUGUCUACUCCUGCUGGAUGUAAUGAUUAUUAUUACAUGUCUGUCUACUUCUACUGGAUGUAAUGAUUAUUAUGACAUGUCUGUCUACUCCUACUGGAUGUAAUGAUUAUUAUUAGAUGUCUGUCUACUCCUACUGGAUGUACAUGUAAUGAUUAUUAUUACUACAUGUCUGUCUACUCCUACUGGAUGUAAUGAUUAUUAUAUUUUAAUGUCGUACACAGAUUUCAUAUAUACAUGUACAUGUGUACAUGUAUGUCUCUUCCUACUGGAUGUAAUGAUUAUUAUGUUUUUAAGAUGUUGUACACAGAUUUUCAUUCUAAUUAUUCUCAUAAAUUGGCUAAAUUUCAUCUGAAUACUGUCACUUUAAAGUACAUACACGGGCAGGAUGGGAAGUUUUUAAGAAUUUAGUGCUCACAUGGAAUGCUUACAUGCUACUAUUUGAAUAUUGUAAGUCAUUAUUUGAAAGCUAUUUGAAUAUUGGAUUCAAUUGAAGUGAUCAAUUUAGGGGCCAUUCUAGAUUUCUAGAAACUUUUAAUCUUUCAAAUCAAUAUAAUUUACAUUAUCAGUUGGAGUUAUUAAAUUAUUUGAUUGAAUUAAUAUUAAAGAUGCAUUAUGUAAGAGCUAAAUCUGUCUAUUGCAAGUCUUUUCUGACUUCAUAUAUUAUAAAAAUUAUUAUUUAAACAUUUAUUCAGAGGACAAGCCUAUAACCAACUCUCUGGGCCAUCGUAUGGCUGAGAUUUUAAUAGAUUGAAACACAGUGGCCAUUUAAUGAUUUAAUUAAAUAAUGGUGAAUCAAGAUUUAGCCUCAAUUGUCAAGUUAUGUUGCUACGAUCUAUGCUAAAUCUUGUCAAAGGUUUUCAAUAUUUUCAUUUCUCAUUAUCUAUUUUAGAACUAAUACAGCAAGAAUGGCCAGCUCUUUAUCUAAAUCUUACAUAAUGCAUCUUUAAUUGAUAUUAAAUAAUGAGUACUAAAAAUCGAGUUUGAACUGUCUUGAAAACCUGUUUGGUUUGAAAUACAUGUAUGUGGUCUCUACAAGAAUUGCUAUUAAUCUUGUGGGGAAGUGAAGUUUAACAAUAUCAAAGCCUCAUUUACCUUACAGACUUGUUAUAUUAAUAAACAGUUUCAUUACAGUCACAUACAUGUACUAAGAUUGUUGGUCAUCUUUUUAUAUCGAUAAAGAGUCAGUAUGAUGUUAAGAGUACCGGUAGUAGUUAGGCUGAGCAUGUUGAGGAUCAAAUGGACUGUUACUCCACUCUGCGUCUUAUAUCGGUUGUGUUAUAUUAUAGCACGGCUUUCAUGAGUUAACAGGUUUAACCAAAGGCCGAGGGGAGGGGUUAAACCUGUUAACGAAUGAAGCGUGCUAUAAAUGACUUGUAACAUUGACACCUGCUCAACAUGCUUGUUGUUAUUGCACAGAACAUUGAACACGUCUAGUUAUUGCACGGUUAAGCUCCACUCAAUUUACUAGAGGGAAAACAAUCUGCUUAUUCAACGAGAAGAACAAAGGAAGAUUUCCCAUCCAUGUUACAAGUGACUUUUCAGAACCAUUAUUUCCCAUGUAGUACUCAAUACAGAUUAAAAUGUCUUCAUAUUGUUGUAUGGUUCCUUUUGUACAUGGAUGUAUGCAUGAUUGUCUUUUUUUACUUCAUUGACUUAACUGGAAUAUAGUUUGGGUGGCACGUAAAUCAAUUGUAGCAUGUUACAUGUGGGUAAAAUCUGUAAAAAAAUUAUUUGACCGAAUACAUAUCGGCAAAUUGUCAGAAUUUUGUCUUAAUAGUAUCCACAUGAGAGUAGAAUUGUUUUAUUCAAAAUUUAUGACAUUUCGUCCGAACAAGAUCCAUAAAUUGUUAGAAUUUUGUCUUAACAGGAUCCAUAUGGAGUAAAAUGUUUUACUCAUAAUUUGUGUAUUUUGAUUUGACAGGAUCCGUAUGAUGGCGUAAAUUAUUUCACUCAAAACUAGAGGCAUUUAAACUUGACAGGAUACAUAUGAUGGAGUAAAUUGUUUUACUCAAAAUUUGAGGCAUUUAAUCUUGACAGUAUCCGUAUGAUAAGCAUUUUUAUGUAAUCUAGGAAAAUCUUUGGUAUGAUGAGGCUCUUGUGUAUUAUACAUGUAUGUUAUAUUAUGUUAAAGGCUCAAUACCACUCUUGUUGUAAUUGAAUAAUAUGUCCCAAUCUUUAUUCUGGUCAACAAAUUGUACUAUUUUAGAAUAUUUCAAUUAAUUGAUGAUACAAAUUUCAUCUUAACACACCUUAUUUAAAAAUUUUGAAAAAUUCAACAUAAUGGUUUGAAACGUCUAACGUAAACCUUUUCAAAUGAAACUUCGAUUUAAAAAUGUUUUCGAACCCUCUGGAAAAGUAAAAUAGGAUGUAAUGGAUAAUUUACACAACAGGUAGGACACUUAAACAUCUAGUACUUAGAUAGAGAUAUUAUUUAUUUUCUGGAGCUUUCAAGCCAGCAAGAGUGUUAUUGUCCCUUUAAAAAACUUGUCUAAGAUACCACCCUUGGUGGAAAUGGACCUAAAACUCCAGGAACCAACGAAUAUUAUGUUAAUGGGUUAAUAUGAAGUAAUUAUAUUUUCUUAUGUCGAACAAGAAAAGGGGAUUUAUCUAAUAUUAUUAGUAAUAUUUGACAUACUAUUUUAUAUAAAAGAAAAAUGGGACAGCUAUGGAUGAAAAUUUAAACUAAAAUAUAUAUAUAAAUGCCAUGUUUUCAUUGGAUAAAAGUUAAAAUCCUGAUAGGAAAGAAAUCUGGGACAGCUAUUCAUGAAAAUUUAAACUGAAAUAUUUUAUAUAUGCUGCUUUCUCAUUGGAUCCGUCUUCAUUAGCCCAGUUCGGAGCAAAACAGUAGGACGUUAAACCCCAUUUCAUUUCAUUUCUCAUUGGAUAAAAGUUAAAAUCCUGAUGUAAAUUUUACCACUGAAUUCUUAGAUUUAUUGAGAGUUAAGUUUUCGUGCAUAAGGCCCCUAUUCUGCCAUGCAACAGUAUAUAAAUAAGCUUACUGCAUGAGUUAAUGAAUAUCUCCAAUCAAUAUCAAUAGAAAUUCUGAAAACCUGGUCUUUUCUCUAAGAAAUAUUUAUAUCAUUAUGCUGCAUCUGUUGAUGUCCUGCAAGUUCUGCAUUUAUUUCAUAAUAAUUAAUAAUAAAGAUUAAAUUUAGCCUUCAUUUUCGACCCACUUUUAAGGAUUCCCUGGUUGUACUUUACAAGGAGUAGGGUCACCUGUCCAACCUUGUGGGUUUUCUCUGGGUCCUCCAGUUUCCUCCCACUGCUAAAGACCCUUACGCAAAAGUGAAUUAUUGAAAUAAAUUUGAACCAUAUGUAAGUCCAGAAAUGACCUAGUUGGUGUUGAGUGGACGUUAAACCCCAUCUCUCUUUAAUUGGCCAAAGGCUUAAUUUUGUGAUUUGCUUUUAUAGUCUUUGGCCAAUGAACCGUCAGAAUUCUUAAAAUAUGUUCAGUUUUCAUGAAUAAUGCCUAAGGGCUAUUUAAAAAAAUAAACACUAUGAGUGGAGGUUAAUUCCACUCUCUAUCUCUUCAUCUCUGUGACAAAAGUAAUAUUGCCCAUAUAUAUAUGUACAUGCAUGUUAAAAUGAAUACCUGAACAGGUGUAAUUUAGAAGUAUUAUGAAUUUAGGCACACACAUCCAUACAAUUGAGAAUUUUUUUAUAUGUUCACUGAAUGCAUUUCUUGGUAAUGGAUAGUUUGAUUGGCCUCAAUUUUUCCACCCAAUGUAAUGAGACCAUGUCUGAUUUACCUGUUGAAUCAAAUAAAAGAGAAAUUUAUUUAUGUUGAAUCAUUUGUGGUGAGAGUUUGUCUUUAUCAUAACGAAUGGAAAUUAAAAUGUGUACUUAUUAAGCUCGUAUUUGAGUGGUCCUAUACUGUGGUGGUUUCACUGUUAUGUCUUAAAACUAAAUUAAUUGUUGAUUUGUUUAUUCUGUAAAUUUCAAUUUAAAAUGGCAGGAAAACAUUUGUAUCAGUAUUACAUUAAUUCAUUCCAGUUGUCAAAUAGGGUUAAUUGUUAUCGUAUUUCUUCUGUUGAUUACUAUGUAUGUGUUAUUAUCUCAAUAUACAUAUGACCAAUUAUAUCUCUCUGUGGCCUUCUCUCGGUCUUAAGGCCAUCUUCUAAUAACUUUCUAUCUUCCUUUCGCACCUAUCUCCAAGCUUAUGUUUAAGUUGUCUGCACAAGUCAUUUUCAGAUAAAUGCUCUUGUCAUAGUCACCUUCAAACAUGUCUUCAUUCAAAGGUCUCCUUCAAACAAUCUCUGCACAAGGUCAUGUUUAAGCAACCCUGUACAAGGUCACAUUCAAGCAGUCCUGUGCAAGGUCAUAUUCAAAGAUUUCUUCUCCCAAGGUCAUCUUCAAAGAUUUCUUCACCCAAGGUCAUCUUCAAAGAUUCCUUCAUUCAAGGUCAUCUUCAAAGAUUCCUUCACUCAAGGUCAUUUUCAAACACCCUUCACUCAUGGUCAUUUUCAUGGUCAUCAUCAUUAUGUUUGUAUUAAAUAUAAAUAUAUAAGUAAAUAAAAUAAAAAUAAACGUGUAUUUAAUUUUA